AUGUUUGCGGCAGCCACUAAGAACUUUGUGAAGCAGGUGGGAGACACAGGGAGGCUGAUCCCCGUCCCCAGCCUGAGCGAGGCCGACCGCUACCAGCCGCUCAGCCUGGUGUCCAGGAAGAGGAAGAGGCAUUUCUGGAAGAAGAACAAGCACGCCUCCACCGCUUUCUCACUGAAAGACAUCCUGGUCGGGGAGAAAGAGAUCACAGCAGGAGUAUCUUCUUAUCAGCUCCUCAACUACGAGGAUAAAUCUGACGUCGCCCUCAACGGUCGGUUAGGAAACCACCUCCUCAACGAUGUUGGGUUCAACAUCAGCGGGUCGGACUCUGUGGCCGUCAAAGCCUCGUUCGGCAUCGUCACCAAACACGAGCUGGAGGUGCCCACGCUACUGCGAGAGCUCAACUCCAGGAAAGUGGACCUGGAUCACUGCCUGGUCCGGCAGUCUAAGGAGAGCGGACGCACGGCUCUCUGCGUCGUUGUGGAGAGCAUCCGGACCACCCGUCAGUGCUCUUUGACCGUGCACGCCGGCAUGAGAGGGACCACCAUGAGGUUUCAGAUCGACGACGGCAGGAAUCCUAAAGGUCGAGACAAGGCCAUCGUCAUCCCGGCUCACACUACCAUCGCCUUCAGCAUCUGCGAGCUGUUUGUCCGACUGGACGGGCGACUGGAUAUUUGUGUAGCCCCGGAGUCUCAGGGUGGGUUUGAGCGGGAGCAGAUCCGGGAGCAGCUCGGUGGUUACAUUGGUCACUUCUCGAUGGGUCGUCUUCGCCGCUUCCUGUCUGGAAUAAUCUAUGGAAGCCCUUUUAGAGCAGAUAACCAAACGUUUGAGGAGCUAACCCACUCUGACACAUACAUGGAUGACAUGGUUACAGACUACUAUGAGAAAUCUGCCAGCAUGACGGACGUGUCCACUGCCUACCUGAGAGAAAGCAACCACACACGGGUCAACCUCCUCAAACACAACAUCCCCAAGGGGCCCUGCGCGCUCUGCGGCAUGGGACCCCAGCGGCGGGAAACUGUGUACGGCUGUCUGGAGUGCACGACCGGUGGACAGAAAUACGUCCGGCUGCACGUGGUGCCCUGUUUCGAUCUGUGGCACAAAACGCUGAGGUGA